UAAGAAAAACUAAUAUUAUGUCCAUCAUUGGAAUGUCUAUUUGAUAUUGAUACAAUCUGUCAGUGUUAAUAUACACGAGAAGUGAAACAACUUAGAACAUAUAACUGGGAAGUUAUCCGAGUACCUAAAACUUUAGCUUUGCUCUAACUGUAGCUUUGAACUCAAGCAGCUUUUGAUCAAGGCUAUAACCACUGUUUUGGCCUCUAUUGUGGGCACUGACAUACACUGCUUCCUUUUUAUGCUUUUCAUAUUUUGAUGAAAGACUUCACAACAAAGAUGCAAUUUAAGGAUUGGCUGACACAAGUAUUGCCAUAACAGGGCAUGAAUAUGCUUCUGACUUCAGAUGAACACUGUAUUGGUCGAUUAGUAGAUGAGCCCCGUUUCCAGAUUAUCUCACCUGCAGUUAGUGCACAUCAUUGCAAGAUUUACCGGAAGAGGGUUGCUUCUGAUGAUAAGAAAUAUCCCUCCAACAACUGUAUUUCUGUUUUCUUGAAAGAUUCUAGCACGAAUGGAACUUAUUUAAACUGGGAGAAGUUGAACAAAAGUAGCUCUGAAGCAGAACUGCACCAUGGAGACAUAAUCUCAAUAGCAUUUACUCCACAACAUGAGCUUGCUUUUGCCUUUGUAUUUCGAGAAGUUCAAAAAUCGCCUGACACAGUUGAUGGUGGACAUUUGAAGAGAAAAGCAGGUAACAUCUAUUGUUCAGUAAGACCAAUGAUGCUACAAUGAGUGUGCUGCAAAGAAACAGCAUAUACAUGAUCUGAAUGUGUUUGAGAUGAUCUAAGAUAGGUUUAUGGUGAACCUAGAAGAGUUGCUGCAAGACUAGGAUACUCGUGAAUGUGUCUACGUAAAACUUAUUGGAGAUAACUUGUGACAGAAUAUAUAAGAUGCUAAGGAGAAGGAUAUGGCUUAAAAUUGCGUUGAAUUAUGUAAUUAAAAGGAUGUAGCUUAUAAGGUUUUACAAUGGAAUGACCCAUGAUAGAGUGGAACAGAGUAAAUCGAUCCAUUUACACAAAUGCAUAGAAAUAUGAAAUAAGGCUUUGUGAGUUGAGUGAAGUAGAAAAGUAGGUAAGUGUCAAGUUAAUUUCCUGAUCAUUGAAAUCAGAUUUGCAAUCAAAAAAUUACCCUAUUUUUAAACUAGCUAGUUUUACUAAAGUCGUCGUGUUAUUACCUUAGCGAGUUUAUAUUUUACUUUAAGCAGAUCUCUGCCAGUAUUGUUGAAACACAAUAAAUUAUAUGGGCCUAUUUUACUAGCAUUUUUUUUCGCAUUUUCUAUACUUACUAUCAGCUGGUUUCAGAAUCUUUAAACAAGCAUGGUGGUGUCUCUUGUCACUGAUAUUACACAUAUGCCUCUUUCUGUAUUUAGGAGGCAUGCCCUACAUUAAUUCAACUUUUUAUAUGUUGAAAGCUGAUUGGGUUAUGUUUCCAGUCACCCUAAUUUUUACAAAUUUGCUGGAAAACCGAUCUAUCGUAUGGUAAUGUAUGAGACUGAGUUUAGUCCUUUUUAUAGAUAUAAACUGCAGAAAAUUGAGAUAAAAUAAAGUCACUUUCAGGAGACUGAAUGGGUAACUAUUAAUUAUAAAAAAUUCCGAAGAAAAUAACAUCUUUCUGGAGAAACAAUCUGCAUAAUUGGUUGUAUUAUAGUCAGUAUUCCACAGCUUUAUUUUAUGAAUUCUCUUCUUUGUCGAUGUUAUUACUGCAUCUGAAGAAGUGAUGUUCAAAUGAUAAAUAAUAUGGAAUACUAUUUUGAGUAUUACUAAACAUUGGUACAACACCUGGAAUACAAGCUUCAAUUUUGUGCAUGCAUA